AUGGGUGCCUACAAAUACUUACAAGAACUCUACAAAAAGAAGCAAUCUGAUGCUGUCCGUUUCCUCCUCAGAGUCAGAUGUUGGGAAUACAGAAAUCUCCCAGUCUGUCAUCGUGCUUCACACCCAACUCGUGUUGACAAAGCCAGACGUUUAGGUUACAAAGCUACUCAAGGUUUUGUUGUAUACAGAAUCCGUGUCAGACGUGGUGGUCGUAAGAGACAAGUUCCAGGUGGUCGUACUGGUGGUAAACCAAAGACUCAUGGUGUUAACGAAUUAAAACCAAGCAGAAACUUAAGAUCCGUUGCUGAAGAACGUGUUGGUCGUCGUUGUCCAAAUCUCCGUGUUCUCAACUCAUACUGGGUUAACCAAGAUUCAACCUACAAAUAUUAUGAAGUCAUCUUAGUUGAUAACUCUCACAAUGCCAUCCGUAACGACCCACGUUACAACUGGAUCUGUAAACCAGUCCACAAACAUAGAGAAUUAAGAGGUUUAACCUCCGCUGGUAUCAAAGCCCGUGGUCUCCGUAGAAAAGGUACCCACAGAGCCAGCAAAACUAGACCAUCAAGACAAGCCAACUACAAACGUAGAAACACCGUCGUUUUCCACAGAUACAGAUAA